AGCAGACACUCGGAGACCCUUCAGUCCCUUCAGUCCGUCAGAAACGCAGCGUCGCUCCGCGCGUAAAAACAUUGGAGGAGGACCGACAGAAACCGAAGCUUUUUUCUCCCCUUUUUUUCUUGUCCUCUUUUCGCUGCCUGGAGAAAAGUGCCGCUGAAAUUAAAGUUGAAAGAAUCGCAGGACAGAGAGGGAAAGAGUUGGACGUAAAUCUUCGCUGUGAGGACUUCAUCCCGGUCCACCGGUCAGGAGGUGAAUGGACCUCCACCGCCCCUUUAAGAUGGACAGCCCCUCCUACCUGCCGGCUCCCCUGGCCUCCCCCGCCCUCAUGGUGCUGGCGUCCACCGCGGAGGCCGGCCGAGACGCCUCUGUCCCCUGCCAGGCUCCGCGGCCCUUCGGCGUCCCCGCCUCCGUGGAGAAGGACCUCCACCUGCCCUUCCCCUCGGCCUCCUACACCUUCACCUCCAUGUACCAGCGCCAGGGCCCCGUGUCGGGCUCCUUCCCGGCCCGAGACUUCCCGGCCUCCCUGCUCCACCUGCACCCCCAGUUCACCCCUCCCAACCUGGACUGCUCCACGCUGGGCAUGAUCAACCACAGCGGCGUGGGCGCCUUCCGGCCCUUCUCCUCCCCACAGGAGGAGAGGGAGUCUGGGGGCUACCAGUCGGCCUUCACCCCCGCCAAGAGGCUGAGGAGCUGCUUCCCGGACGUGGAGGGGAAGGAGUUUGACUUCGGCUCCCUGAAAGCCGUGGAGGACUCGGGCAGGAAGCUGUUCUCCAUGUCCGGCCUGCUGUCUGAUGGCGAGGCUUCGUCGAGUCCGGAGGAGCGUAAAGAUCACAGUAAGCUGAAGGCUCUGUAUGACGCCCAGGCUCCGGUGUGUCCGGUGUGUCAGACCGUCCUCCGACCCGGAGAUCUGCAGGAACACAUGGAGCAGGAGCUCAGCAAACUGGCCCAGCUGCACAUCAGUGGUUCUUCUCUACAACACGACCUCCUCAUCAGAACGUCGAAGUCUUUGUCGCUCUCUCUGCACAUCAAGCGUGAAGGAGGUUCUCCGAGUUCUCCUCCCCGACCGGUUGAAGAAGUUCAUUCUGACCGAUACCAGACGUUCCUCCGUGUUCGAGCCAACAGACACACCAGACUGAACGUCGACGACCUCUGCUGGUGCAGGUGCUACGUCAAAUCUGCCCCAUUACGCCCCCACAGCGCCGGAGCCCACCUAGACUGCACCCAGGCUGUCAGGAUCGGGAAGCUGAAGAGGAGGAAGCAUGAGGAGGGACAGGAAGCUUCGUCCAACUCGGUGCCGCUGGAGGACGAGUGGAACGAGAGGAGGAGGAUCCAGAUGACGUCUCUGGGCUUUAAAGGUGAGCAUCAGCGGAGGGUAAAGGAUGUGAAGCUGAAGAGGCGCUGA